UCUCUGGAAAAAGUGAGGAAAACUUAAAGAACAGCAGGAAGCGGGGAGGCGGUGGCAGAAACGCUGCGGAAAUGCCCGGGAAAGAGCUCUACAAGCGCAAGCAGAGCCAAAUUGGACUCAGACCUUCCAAAUCAAAUUUAAGGAGGCGGGAUGAAGAAGGUGGUGUUGAGCUGGGAGAGGGGGCAGAUGAAUGGACACAGGCCAAGACAUUAAUCAAGCCCCCAGACCAGCUGGAGUUGACAGAUGCUGAACUGAAAGAGGAGAUAACCCGCAUUCUGACCGCCAAUAACCCGCAUGCUCCACAGAACAUCGUCAGAUACAGUUUUAAAGAGAGAGCCUACAGGCAAACCUCGGUGGUGGAGCAGUUGGCAGUCCAUUUCUCUCUCUGCGGGAACCUGGUGUUCAGAGAUUCGGACGAGGGGCGACGGCAGAGCAUGAGGCAGAGCACGACUGCCGCCAUGGUCCCUGUUUCAUCGACUGUGGUGGACUUUGAGGCCUUGGAUGCAGAACUUAAAGAAGAAGCUGAAGCGGAAGGCGAAGGCGAAGGCGAAGGCGGAGAAAAACCUGAAGAGCCGGCCGCUGCCCCAGAAGAAAAAGAAGAGGAGCCGCGUCCCCAGCCAGUGCAAGAGCGAAAGCUCACCAACCAGUUUAAUUUCAGCGAGAGAGCUUCACAGACCUUCAACAACCCAGUGAGGGAGCGGGCGUGUCAAAUGGAGCCCCCGCCUAGAGCUACUUUCUCCGCCACUGCCAACCAGUGGGAAAUCUAUGAUGCUUAUGUGAAGGAGCUCCACAAGCUGGAAAAGUCAAAGGAGAAGGAAAAGCAAAAAGCUCCGGUGGCGAAGAAAGAAGACAAGAUGCGGGGAAGAACGCUCACUUCUCUGGAGUCACAGAGUGAUGACAUCACCAAGGUGGCCAAGGCGGCGAAGAUAGUGGAGCGGAUGGUCAAUCAGAACACAUUUGAUGAUAUUGCCCAAGACUUCAAAUACUACGAAGAUAAUUCGGACGAAUACAGAGACAACCUGGGGACGCUUCUUCCCUUAUGGAAGUUUCAGUAUGAUAAAGCCAAGAGGCUGGCUGUCACCGCCCUCUGCUGGAACCCCAAAUACAAGGACUUGUUUAUCGUGGGACAUGGAUCCUAUGACUUUGUGAAGCAGAGCCGAGGGAUGCUGCUCCUGUACUCCUUGAAGAACCCCUCCUUUCCAGAGUACAUCUUCAACAGCGAGAGCGGCAUCAUGUGUGUGGACGUCCACGUGGACCACCCCUACUUGAUCGUUGUGGGUUUCUACGAUGGCAACGUGGCGAUCUACAACCUGAAGAAGCCCGUCAGCACUCAGCCCGGCUACAAGAGCACAGCCAAGUCCGGCAAGCACACGGACCCGGUCUGGCAGGUCAAGUGGCAGAAAGAUGACAUGGACAAUAACCUGAACUUCUUCUCUGUCUCCUCCGAUGGGCGCAUUGUCUCCUGGACGCUGGUUAAGAACGAGCUGGUUCAUACAGAUGUCAUCAAGCUGCUUGUAGAAGGCACCACGGAGGAGGGCCCGGAGGGGCUGCAGCUGCACACCAUCGGCUGUGGAACUGCAUUUGACUUCCACAAGAAGAUUGAUUAUUUGUUUCUUGUGGGAACGGAGGAAGGAAAAAUCUACAAGUGUUCCAAGUCCUACUCCAGCCAGUUUCUGGACAUCUUCCACGCCCACCACAUGGCGGUCGAUGCCGUGAGCUGGAACCCCUUCCACACCAAGGUGUUCAUUUCCUGCAGCUCGGACUGGACUGUGAAGAUCUGGGACCACACCAUCAAGACUCCCAUGUUCAUCUAUGACCUGAAUUCUGCCGUUGGCGACGUUGCCUGGGCUCCCUAUUCUUCCACCGUCUUUGCCGCUGUGACCACUGAUGGGAAGGCCCACGUCUUCGAUCUGAGUGUCAACAAAUACGAGUCCAUCUGUAACCAGCCGGUGGUGGCCAAGAAGAAGAACAAGAUCACCCACGUCCAGUUCAACGCCAUCUACCCCAUCAUCAUCAUCGGGGAUGACCGGGGCCACGUGACCUGCCUGAAGCUGUCCCCCAACCUCCGCAAGAUGCCCAAGGAGAAGAAAGGCCAGGAGGUCCAGAAGGGCCCGGAAGUGGAGACCGCCAAGCUGGACAAGCUGCUGAACCUGGUGAGGGAGCCGGCGGCCAAAGCAAGCAAGUGAGCCGGAGCCGCGCACGCCCGCCCCUGCCCGCCCGCCCCCCCCCGGGGGCCUGCGGAGCGCCAGCCCCGGAACAGGCGAGCCUUUG